AAGCUCCCCAAGCCAGAGCAGAGAGAGAGAGAGAGAGAGAGACCAGGAAGAGGGCGGAAAACACACAAAAACACACCGAGACUCGCCAGACUCGCCACACCCUCGGACUCAGUGAGUCGCCGACGAGUGGAGCUCGAUCCCGCAGCCCCGCCCCGCCCCGCCCCGCCCCGCCCGGAUUCCUGCCGCCGCCGGCGAUCGGAACUCCCGAGAAUCCCCGAUCGUCCCGGGUCUCUCCCGAUCAGUCGCCCCCCCUCUCUCUCCCCCGUCGAUACCAUCCGUUCGACGAAUUUUUCCCCGAGAGAGGCGCGCGCGCGCACUGCCGGAGGGGAAGGAUCGAGCCCCUAACUCGCGUCGGCCGAUCGCUCCUUGCGUCCGCCGCCGAUUAUCGCCGUCCGUCGAUUCUCCUUUCGAUUUCGCUUCGUCGUUGAUCAGCCGAUCGGCGAAAUUCGUUUUUUUGUUUUUUUGUUGUCCCCUGAGAAGCACCCGCACUUCGGAGGCAGGUUCGAAACCCUAAUCUAUCGAUCGAGCAAGCGCUCUCUGUUUUCCGCAAAUUUUGCCUCAUCCUCCGUUGGAUUUUUUUUUUCCUUCGCUUCGAUUCCUCGUCGAUGAGCCGAUUCUAAGGAGUGUCCGGAAUCAAACCCUAGUUCAUUUUUCAAUCGAUAGGUACUCUGUUUCAUCUAUUUUUUCCGGCAUCUUUUCUCCGAUUUCUCUCUUUUUUUCCUCGUCUAUCCUCGUCGGCGGACGCUGUUUUACCUGAGAAGAUAACCACAAUCUCCUCUGCCUCUCUCUCUCUCUCUCUCUCUCUCUCUCUCAUGGCUAUCGUCACGGACACGACUAACGCUAACUCCAUAGAAGCUAACAAUCACUCUCCUCGCAAUUCUGCUGGCGCUGUUAAUAGUCCUCGAGUCGGCAGACAGGCCAGGACGAUGGCCUCGCCGCAGCAGUGGACUGAGAUCGUCCGUGGGGGGGAAUCGGAUGUGACCGAGUCUGUUGAUUUGUUGAGCAAGAUGAACAUUGCGGUCGCUCCGGAGGUUGUUCCGUCUUCAUCCUCUUCGUCUCUGUCUUCGAUCGCGGAGGAGGGGGGCUCCGAGAACGGCAAUGUGGGCAAGAAGACUCCAUGGAAGCUGCCCUCGGAGAGCCCCGGUCCCCCUGCUGCCGAGUUUGGCCCAGUCAUGGGGGCUGAAUCGUGGCCUGCUUUGUCCGAGUCGACUAGGUCAUCAACGAAAUCGACUUCGGUGCCUGUGAAAGGUUUAUCUGAUGGAUCACCACCCGUGCCUGUGACAGAGGGAAACGGAAAUGCCUCGUCUGUUUCACAGAAGCAACUCACUGAUAAUAAGGAUGCAAUUAUAGCAACAAGCUCCCCCAUGCCUGCACGUCCGAGAUCAAAGAGGCAAAGUGGAUCUACAUCUUCUGGUGGCGGAGUUGCUCAGACAUCAGCAGUUGUAGCCCCUUCAGUUGACCUGAGAUCAAAUAAUCCUUCUGCCAGGGACCAUAACCAUAGGAGUGGGCCUGUUUCGCAUUCACAAAAUGGCAAUGAGCACCCUCAACAGCAGCGCAGCUCCUUCAGGCGAGGUGGGGGUAAUUAUUCACGUGGGGAUGGUUCUUACCACCACAGCUAUGGGGUUAGGCGUGAUCAUGAACGUGGCAAUCAAGAACUAAGUGGUCACCGAAAUUUUAACAAUAACAGAGAUUCUCACAUGCCACAUCAAAGAGGUAUGCCGAGGAUUGGCAGGCCCGCACCACCGCCGCCUGUCUCACCUUCUACUGCUCCAUAUAUUGGACCUGCUUCAGUUCGGCCUCUUGGCGGCCCUUUAGUUUUCCCUGAGACUCCAGUGUAUUAUUUCCCAAUUCCGUUGGAUAUUCGGAAUCCUUUUUAUCCGCCAAUGCAGCCUCCUAUGGUUUAUAUUCCACCUCCUAAUCACCUCUUGCGUGCUCAAAUAGUUAGUCAGAUAGACUAUUAUUUCAGUAACGAGAAUCUUGUGAAGGAUCCAUAUUUGCGGCAGCAAAUGGAUAGACAGGGCUGGGUUUCUAUAGCUGUUAUUGCAGGGUUUAAAAAAGUCAAGGAGUUGACUAAUGAUGUACAGCUCAUAUUGGAUGCUGUGCGAACUUCAGCUGUUGUGGAAGUGCAGGGCGACAAAGUCAGGAAGCGCACUGAUUGGAUGAAAUUUGUCUUGUCUACUUCUGCUCAUUCUUCGGGCACCACAAGCCCUCGGGUCCCCACCUCUCUGAAUCACGACACUCUUGCAUCUGGAACCGAAUUGGGCUCUCUCAAUGUCAGGGAGACGAGAUCUGACAAUGUGGUCGGUCAGGUUGAUGCUUAUGUGGUUAUAUCAAGGAGGUUAGAGGAGGCCAACCGUAAUCACGAAACAGGCCAGACUAGCACUGCAGCUACAGGAACAAGCACAUGAAGUACAUGCUUUCGCAUGUUUUACCAAGAAGGGAUCAUGGAGGAUUUGUUAUGACUAAUAUAAUGCUUGCUUAGUAGUCUUACCAUGGCUUACAAAUCCAGUAUAAAAGAAAGAAAAAGGAGCAGAAGAUACAAUAUCGUGAAAGGGUAGAAGAGCGUGCGGUUGAAGUACUUGAGUCGAGCUGAUUGCAUGAGUAUACUGGUUGAUUCAUGUGAUUUUGUGGAAAUUUUCUAUAGAUAUUUAUGGUCUAUGUGCUGAUGACAUCAUGAGGGGAUUUUUGUUGCGUGUCCCUUUACUGCCCCUUAGUUCAUUUUUUCAAUCUUUGGGGUCAGAUUACAUUUUCUUUCAGCGAAGGAUGAUUCUGAACGGCAGGAAGAUAACGAUGGUGGACGACGCAUUGCAUGCGGCGACAACGGAGGGGGUUGGCAUACCGGUUGUGGAAAGUGCGGCGAAAGUCCUGGUCUUUACUCAUGCACGACUUUCAAAGUUGUAGCGCUCAUCUCAUUUGUUAAAUACGAAAAUGUUUUUUUUUUUUUUUUCUAAUUGCAAUUUCUUCAGGACCUCGAAGAUUUUUUUAUUUUUUUUUUGCAUGAACUACUUCUGGACCAUGGUGUGGAUGAUAUUCCUGAAAGUUGCUGGUCUGAUCUGAUGUGAUCCGAUGCUUUCGGUGGUAUUUGGAUCAGAGAGAUCGGAAACUCUAGAAACUAUUCUUUUUUUCCUGUAACCAUUUUGUGAAUGUUAUUGUUUUUGUACUCUACAUUGUGGAAGCAACUGACAGGGGACCUUUGUUUUCAUUACCAAAGAAGAGUCAUGGACGUUUUUCUUUC